UGCCUCCCUCUUCUGAUACCACUAACCACAAUGGCCAGGCUCGGGUGAGGAGCUGCCUCUCAGACGAGCCUCAGCAGAAUCAGGAGCGGCGGCACAUUCACCGAGAGGCCCGCGGAGGGAUAUGACACCCAUGUGAGAGGAGAAAGGUCAAUGUGGCUACUAAAGAAGCUCUCAGGACUAGUCGUCAGUGGUUGUGGAUUCCUGAGGCCGGUCUCUAUAGCAACCCCAUCCUCCUCCUGACUACUGCUGCCAACUUCCUCUCCCUACCACGCGUCCAAAUCUCUCCUCAUCCCCCCCCGGCCAAUCAUCGCCCCUGAACCGCGCUGGGAUGGACACAGAAUCAACCCACAGCGGCUACUCGUAUCACUCCAGCCGCUCCGGGAGAUCAAACCGACAUGGGGAUCGCAGUCGUGAGCGGCACAAGGCCAGCAGUAAGGACAGCGUUCGCUCCGAGAGGUCGGUGGUCAUCAACCCCCCUGACUCGCCCUCGCAGGAAUCCCCCGUUCAUAACGGAGAGCCGCUGCCGGGAGAACCCUCGCCUGCAGCAGAGCUCGGAGACGAUGCACAGGAUGAUAACUGGGGGGAAACCACCACCGCCGUGACAGGCACCUCUGAGCUGAGUAUUUCCCAGGAGGACGUGGUCGGUCUGGGGAAGGAGAUCCAGGACCGGACCCAAGGCUUCCGCCGUUUUCUCCCCCUGGCUGUGGGAUUGUGCGUCGGGCUGCUGGUGGUGGCCACGCCCCUCGUCUUCCUCCUCCUCCCGGUCGUCAUGUGGCCCGACAGACUGCAGGCUUGCGGGGCCGCCUGCGAGGGCCUCUUCCUCUCCAUCUCCUUCAAACUCCUCAUCCUCCUGGUGGCCAUCUGGGCCUUGUUCCUGCGACAGGGUCGAGCCGGUCUGCCCCGACUGUGUGUGUACCGCGCCUUCCUCACCACGCUCACACUCCUGCUCACCAUGUCUUACUGGCUCUUCUAUGGGGUCAGAAUCCUCGAUGCUCAG